CGAGGGACGCCUUGUGCGUUACUGUCAAAAUUCGAAAUUCUAAAAGCUCAAUCUUCCAAACUUCCAUUAAGUAGCUUACGAAUAAUUUCUCUUCUCGCUAUGGCACAAGACCGUACAAUUCCUGGGUGUCCAUGGGCGUUCGCGGAUGACAUGAGGCGAAUGAUUGACAAAAAAGAAUACAGUGAUGUCAAAUUCAUUGUAGGUCCAAAUAGGAAAGUUGUCUACGCAAAUAGAUGCAUUUUAGCAGCUAGGUGUGAGGUAUUCCGUGCCAUGCUUGGUUCCGAUCCUGACCGAGAAGGAAGGCAGAAAAGUGCUGAGCCUGAUAUUCCACUAGUCUUAGCUGAUGUUUCCCCAGAAGUAUUCAGCUCUAUUCUGGAAUUCCUUUACACAAAUACAUGCACUCUAAACAGUAAUAGUGUCAUGGACAUAAUGGGGUCAGCAAUGGAGUAUGGCUUACUACAGCUACAAAAGAUUUGUGAGCAGUAUAUAGCAGAGACUCUAGCUGUCAAUACAGCAUCUGGUGCAAUGCAGAUUGCUGUGACUUAUAACCAAGAGGAGUUACAAGCAAGAUGUACGGAAUUUAUUGAGUUGAACACACCUGAAGUAUUCAAAACAAAGGGAUUUCACGAGCUCUCAGAGGAAGCCCUGGAAAUCCUACUUCUCAGCGAUAAACUGAACAUCGAUGAGCUUGACCUUAUAAGUUCUAUCAGAGAAUGGGCUACUGUGAAUGCAGUUGUUGGAAGUACGUCUGUUGCAGAGACAGCUGCGAAGGUCGUGCGGCACAUUCGACUGGGGCUUCUCACUCCAGAGGAACUAAGACAGAUUGAAAUAGAUAACGAAAAAGAUAAUCUUAUUCCAGUUUUGAUGAUUUCCGAGGCCUGGAAAUUUCACGCACUCAGAAAAUCGCCAACACUGAGCGCAGCAACAAUACCACCCAAACCACGUGCUGGGACACGACCACGAGACGACUGAACUCUAUUUGAGACGUGGCUAACUCUGAUUGGCUGUAAAAUUACGCCAUCUCUUAUGCGGUGAUGCUAUUGGUUUGCGCCGGCUUGUUCAAUUAUGCAUAAGAAAUCGCCGUGAGUAGGAGAUGGCCGUGUUUUUAGAAAUGAGUGUCUUCACACUUUGGAGAAACUAAAUGAAAAGCGAGAGCGUUCAAAAACGCAUGAAAUGAGAUUAUUUAUUUAAAAAAAAGAUAGUCAGGAAACACAAAAUGGAACUUAAGAAGUAAAAGAGAACAGUAAAGUGUUAUACACUCUGAGCACAGUGUUUUCAAUCGUACUCGAACGAAUAAGAUCAGUGUUCUUUUUUAUUAAAAGUUUCAAUUGUUAGGUUUGUUCCCGUUUACUGAUUUUUUUUAAUGUUUAAAAAAAUGUUUUUAAUGUUCCAAAGUGCAGAUUUGGGUUUUUAUUUGUUCACUUUAAAAUAAUCCUUCGCAUACUAUCAAUAAAAAACACAACUCAA